AAAAAAAUCAGAUCAGACAUCAGUCGUCACAGGAGAAUUACAGAGAAAAUCAAAAUGUUUGGGCGAGUAAGAGCAGCGUCUUCGUCUUCUUCUUCGUUGGAAAGCUUGGUGUUGGAGAGACCUCCUUCUAAGAUUGUCAAGGAAGAUUCUCUCUCCGUCUAUGAGGCCACACUUGUGAAGCUUAAACUAGGUUCUCAGCGCAAUUUGAGUUCACAACCUCCCAAGGAUGAAGGGGGCGUAGAUGCUGGUUUGUCUUCAUGCUCAAACAGUUUGGAGCCAAUGAAAAUAGAUGUGAAUUCUUCUGCUAGUGCUUCAGAGAAUUGUCCAGAGUUCACAAGCUCACUCAACGAGCUGAAGGAUACAAUGGAUACAGAUCGUCUUUCUCCUUCAACACAUUUAAAUUCUAGAGUAAUUGAUUCAGUGAGCAGCACUAAACACAAAGAAGAAAGCAUUGCCUCAAUUUUUUACCUUUUUUCUAAAUUUAAAAAUGCUCAAAAAGCUGUUAGCAUAUCAUCUGAGGAUCCAUUGGCAGUGGAGAAUGGUUAUGCUGUAAGUUUUUCUCCAAGUUUAAGCACUUCUCAAUCUCUUGAUACCACAGUGCAGCAGUCAGAAAAGGAAUUUGUCCCUUCAUUACCUGUUUAGCCAUUUGUUAACUCUGAAUUGGGUUCAUGAUGUCUAAGUUUAUAAAUAUUGCUGAUAUUUGAUACUUGUAAUUCAAAAUGGGGUUAAGAAAAAAGGAGGAGUUGUUACUUUUAUGAGCUA